ACCAAUCCUAUCAUUGGUGGUGAUUCAGCUAAUUGGAUGCUGACAUCUUGGAAUAGGUGAUAGAAUCAACUGUGAGGACGAUGGGUGGGAAGCAAUCUCACGGCUUCUCCAGCAAGGAGCUGAAUGAGGGGAGUGGUCGUCAACGAAGCAAAAGUUCUUCUAGAGACGGCCAGCCCAGCCUGUCCUCCGCUGCCGAGAGGUUCCGCAAACACACCACGGUUCACUUUGGCUACAACACCCUCAGCCUGGCCAUGCGGGCGCUUGUCGAGACCCCCUCUGAACUGUGGGAGCUCCGGGAAGUGCAGAAGCUAAACUUGUCCAUGAACUGCCUGAGCUCCCUGCCCCCUGCCCUGGGAGCUCUGGACAAUCUUGUGAUCCUCAACUUGUGGGGGAACAACCUUUCAAGUCUACCAGUGGAGAUCAGCCUCCUGAAGAAGCUGCGCGUGCUCUUCGCCUGUCGAAACCGCCUGAGCGAAGUCCCCGAGGAGCUGGGACGCUGCACCCGCCUGGAGGUGCUCAGCCUGGCCAACAACCAGAUCACAGGCCUCCCCAACAGCCUGGGAGCCAUGCACAAUCUGACCAAACUCAACCUCAGCCACAACCGCAUCGUUCACAUCCCCACCUGCGUCUACAGCAUGAAGGGUCUGGUUUUUCUUCAACUGGCUUGCAACCGUCUGGAGACCAUCGCCGACCAGAUCCAGGACUUAGUUAAUCUGAAGAUCCUCAUCGUGGAGGGAAACAGUAUCCACUCACUGCCCAAGACGCUGUGCUUCCUGGAGUCUUUAGAACUCCUCAAUGUUGACUUCAAUGACCUGCAAAAUGUGCCAGUGGAAUUGUACCUACUCAGCAGACUCGGGAGGUUGGCCUGCCACCCGAUGGAUAAAGGACUUCAUAUUAUCCACAACCCCCUCCUCAAGCCUAUCAAGGAGGUACUGCAAGGAGGUCUCAGUGCCCUCUAUAACUACCUCAAGCCCACGUGAGGGACUACUCUCUGUGUGUGUGUGUGUGUGUGUGUGUGUGUGUGUGUGUGUGUGUGUGUGUGUGUGUGUGUGUGUGUGUGUGUGUCUAAAAGAGUCAUAAUGUGAUGUUGGCACAGACCUGAUCCCUGGCACAUGCUAGUCAUGCUGUGAGUCCUUGCUCUUGCCACAAACUGAUUAUUCAAUGAUCACCUAAGACCAGUAAUAAUAUUAUUUCCUGUUUUUUAUGUAAUGUCAAA